CCCACCCCCUCGGGAGGCGCUGGCUCUCCCCACCUUUUUCGGGGCAGGUCGAGGCGAGUUCCCCCUUUGCCGUGACAAGCGGGGAGGGGGGAGCUUCGAGCGCAGCACUCGGCCGAAAUUGGGCGCAUAGCGAGCAAAUACGUCCGGGUUUCCGUUCCUGCCACCCGAGAGCCGUCUCUCACGUCCCACCCGCCGGCUGCCGACGCGAGAAAGGCCGAGGCGGAGGCCGACUUGGUCGAGACCAUGAACCACUGCACCAAGCCGAAUGAGCAGCACCUCAGCGAGCCCGAGGAGAUGGAGAUGGAAGCUGGGGAUGCAGAUGAUCCCCCACGAAUCACCCCUAACCCAGUCAUCAAUGGUAACGUAGCAAUGGCAGAUGGACACAACAACACAGAGGAAGACAUGGAAGAUGACACCAGCUGGCGGUCAGAGGCCACAUUUCGUUUCACUGUGGAACGGUUUAGUAGGCUCAGUGAGUCUGUGCUGAGUCCUCCUUGUUUUGUGCGAAAUUUGCCAUGGAAAAUUAUGGUAAUGCCUCGCUUCCAUCCUGAUCGGCCUCAUCAAAAGAGCGUUGGAUUUUUCCUACAAUGCAAUGCUGAGUCUGAUUCCACGUCAUGGUCCUGUCAUGCCCAAGCUGUUUUGAAGAUAAUCAACUACAAAGAUGAAGAAAAGUCAUUUAGUAGAAGAAUCAGUCAUCUUUUCUUUCAUAAGGAGAAUGACUGGGGUUUCUCUAAUUUUAUGACUUGGAGUGAAGCAACAGAUGCUGAAAAGGGUUUCAUAGAUGAUGACAAGGUUACAUUUGAAGUCUUUGUUCAGGCUGAUGCACCACAUGGAGUGGCGUGGGAUUCCAAGAAGCACACAGGUUAUGUAGGUUUGAAGAACCAGGGAGCAACCUGUUACAUGAACAGCUUAUUGCAGACAUUGUUCUUCACAAAUCAGCUGCGAAAGGCUGUCUACAUGAUGCCAACAGAAGGGGAUGAUUCCUCAAAGAGUGUCCCUUUAGCAUUGCAAAGGGUGUUCUAUGAAUUGCAGCACAGUGACAAACCAGUUGGAACUAAGAAACUGACAAAGUCUUUUGGGUGGGAAACACUAGAUAGUUUUAUGCAGCAUGAUGUUCAGGAACUGUGCAGGGUGCUACUAGAUAACGUUGAGAAUAAAAUGAAAGGAACCUGUGUAGAGGGCACAAUUCCAAAAUUGUUCAGGGGAAAGAUGGUGUCAUAUAUUCAAUGCAAACAUGUGGAGUAUCGAUCUGAGAGAAUAGAAGAUUAUUAUGAUAUUCAACUCAGCAUAAAGGGAAAGAAGAACAUAUUUGAGUCUUUCAAAGAUUAUGUAGCAGUGGAGCAACUGGAUGGGGACAACAAAUAUGAUGCUGGCGAGCAUGGUUUACAGGAUGCAGAAAAGGGCGUGAAAUUUCUUACCUUUCCACCGGUGUUGCAUCUUCAACUCAUGCGUUUCAUGUAUGACCCACAAACUGAUCAAAAUAUCAAGAUAAAUGACAGGUUUGAAUUUCCUGAGCAUUUGCCCCUAGACGAGUUUCUGCAGAAACCCGAUCCCAAGGAUUCUGCCAAUUACAUACUACAUGCAGUGUUGGUGCACAGUGGAGAUAACCAUGGUGGACAUUACGUAGUCUACCUAAACCCUAAGGGUGAUGGUAAAUGGUGUAAAUUUGAUGACGAUGUUGUAUCAAGGUGUACAAAAGAAGAAGCAAUUGAACACAACUAUGGAGGUCAUGAUGAUGACUUAUCUGUGCGACACUGCACCAAUGCCUACAUGAUGGUGUACGUCAGAGAAUCAAAAUUAAGUGAGGUUUUACAAGCAGUCACAGACCACAACAUUCCACAACAACUGGUGGAGCGCCUGCAAGAAGAGAAGAGGGUGGAGGCUCAGAAAAGAAAGGAAAGACAAGAAGCACACCUCUACAUGCAAGUGCAGAUAGUAACAGAAGACCAGUUCUGUGGACACCAGGGUAAUGACAUGUACGAUGAAGAAAAAGUGAAAUAUACGGUGUUCAAAGUCCUGAAGAACUCCACACUUGCAGAGUUUGUUCAGAAUCUAUCACAAACAAUGGGAUAUCCACAGGAACAGAUACGGUUGUGGCCAAUGCAGGCCCGGAGUAAUGGGACUAAGAGACCAGCGAUGUUGGACUAUGAAGCGGACAGCAACAAAACUAUGAUUGAAUUGAGUGAUAAUGACAACCCAUGGACAAUAUUUCUAGAAACAGUAGAUCCAGAGUUGGCCGCCAGUGGAGCAACGUUGCCCAAAUUUGAUAAAGAUCAUGAUGUAAUGUUAUUUUUGAAGAUGUACGAUCCCAAAACUCGGAGCUUGAAUUACUGUGGACAUAUCUACACCCCUAUAUCGUGUAAAAUACGUGAUUUACUGCCAAUCAUGUGUGAGAGAGCGGGGUUUCCGCAAGGAACUAACCUUAUCCUCUAUGAGGAAGUAAAACCCAAUUUAACUGAGAGAAUUCAGGAUUAUGAAGUGUCCCUUGAUAAAGCACUUGACGAGCUCAUGGAUGGUGAUAUUAUAGUAUUUCAGAAGGACGAUCCAGAAAAUGACUCGAGUGAGUUACCAACAGCAAAAGAUUAUUUCCGAGAUCUGUACCAUCGCGUUGAUGUCAUCUUUUGCGACAAGACUAUUCCCAAUGACCCGGGCUUUGUGGUCACUCUGUCUAAUAGAAUGAACUACUUCCAGGUUGCCAAGACAGUAGCACAGCGACUAAACACUGACCCAAUGUUGCUUCAGUUCUUCAAGUCUCAAGGUUACAGGGAUGGGCCGGGUAAUCCUCUUAGGCAUAAUUAUGAAGGCACACUUAGAGAUCUGCUGCAGUUCUUCAAGCCAAGGCAACCAAAGAAACUCUAUUAUCAACAACUGAAAAUGAAGAUCACAGACUUUGAAAACAGACGGAGUUUCAAAUGUAUAUGGCUCAACAGUAGUUAUAGAGAAGAGGAGAUAACACUAUAUCCAGAUAAGCAUGGCUGCGUUCGUGACUUAUUGGAAGAAUGUAAGAAAGCUGUAGAAUUGUCAGAAAAAGGUUCCAGUAAACUAAGGCUACUGGAAAUAGUAAGCUACAAAAUAAUUGGAGUCCAUCAAGAAGAUGAGCUGUUAGAAUGCUUAUCUCCAGCAACCAGCCGUACAUUCAGGAUAGAGGAGGUCCCACUAGAUCAAGUUGAUCUGGACAAAGAGAAUGAGUUACUGAUCCCAGUGGCACAUUUUCACAAAGAAGUUUUUGGCACUUUUGGAAUUCCAUUCUUGUUGCGGAUAUGCCAGAGCGAGCCCUUCAGGGAAAUUAUGAAGCGAAUUCAGGCCAUGCUAGAAGUUCAAGAGAAGGAAUUUGAAAAGUUCAAAUUUGCAAUUGUGAUGAUGGGUCGGCACCAAUACAUAAAUGAAGAUGAAUAUGAAAUCAACCUGAAGGAUUUUGAGCCUCAGCCCAAAGACUGGCCAGUUCCAGAUUCUCUACAGUUAACGGGUAACAUGUCCCAGCCAAGGCCAUGGUUGGGGCUUGAUCACUUCAAUAAAGCUCCAAAGAGAAGUCGCUAUGCAUACCUGGAAAAAGCGAUCAAAAUUCACAACUGACACCAAUAUCUGACUAGUCAGGAUUGAGUGUCUUAAAAAAAAGUUUAAAAAAUUAAAAAGACAGUGUGUGCACCCAUUCAACAACAGUAAAAAUGAACUUUGGUACACGUGCACCUUGUCAGAAGUCUUCAGCGACAGGAUUUGCUGCUGAUGCUAAUUUUAUUUUGUUGAGGCUGUUCAGUUUGGCUUCUCUAUCUAUUGACUGCCUAUUUUCCAGAUGGAAAGACGAUAUGGUUUUACCUACUCAAAGAGCAAUGCAGUUGGAUGUGAAUUCUUGCUUGUUUUAAAGAUGAAAAGAUGUGGCCGGAAUAUGGCAGCAUAGCGAAGGAGCUGAGUAGUAAGGAAACAGCUAGUCAUUUGCUAAAUGGUUCCAUGCCUUUAGAAUAACCCACAGCAGAUGGCAUAGGAUUCACAUCUCUGGCUGGCUGCUAAUUAUAGGUGUUGUGAAACUUCUCGAACACUUAAGCAGCUAGCAUGUUCAUGUUUACAGUCAUUUGGAUAGUUUUUCUUUAUUUAGGUAGUUUGGAUGAAUUCAGAAUUUUUGUGAAUUUGUAAACACCACCAACUUUCACAGCAUUAAUAAAUGGUGUCUGUACUACAUCUUGCACGUUGUUGGCACUUAAUAUUAAGGAGAUGCAUUUUUUUUUCUCCCAGCUGAAUGUGGUCUUUGAUUUGUUUUUUUAAACAUGAUCUGGGUUUUUGUUCAUCCCAUACUCUUUGUAGAACACCUUGGCAAUAAUAAAUCAGUACUCAUUGUAUCCUGCCUGGUGCGAGUUUGUAGGUCUGGCUAUGCUUGUUUUAUUUUGAUGCUAUGGCCAUUAGUACUUCCUAAUGGUAACUGGCUGGAGUCGGUGGGGUUUACUGUGCUGCCUGUGGGAAACAGUUUUAAAACACAAUGGUGGCUGGAAAGGGCAAAGUUGAAAAAUCUGAAUGUGUUCUAUUUUGUCAUGGUGAGAUGUGAAAAAUUAUAACAUGACAAACACAGCCUUUAGCACAGAGGGCAUGCUCAAUAACGUAAGUAGUAAGCUGUUGACUUUGUAAAAAUUUUAAAAAAUACAAAAAAAAAUUGUAUAUUUAAUGAUGAACAUGUACAAUUUUAACACUCGAAGGAAUAAAUUCCCAUGGCGGAGUCUGCAGGUAAAGUCACUGAUGUUGAUAUUCAUUGCGUGUAGUUUUAUUUCAGACUGGUUUUUUUAAGCUAAUUGCAGCAGCGUGUCUAGUUGAGUGCAGUAAAAUAGAAUCUGCAAUUCACAACUUUUAAUUUCUCUUCCCUCUUACCUUUUUAAUUCACGUAGCAGUGUAUGAAAUCUUUUCCUGUAUAUUCCCUUUUUGCUGGAAAAUGUUGUAUGUUGAAUAAAAUUUUCUAUAAAAA